UAACCCUGUGCAUAUAUGCUCAAACACAACACUACAGUUUCCCCAUCACAAUUCUGGGAAAUAAAAAAUGAGGCCAAAAACACAAUCCUCAGUACUCAACCUUAGACUCCUUCUCAUCUGCAUCUUCAUAGCCUUCCUCAUCCUCUUUGUAAUCAAGUCAUCAAUAGUCUCAUCUCCUGCAACAACAACCCAAUCUUCUCCUUCUUCUUCUUCGUCGAAAUCUCAAACAUUUUUGCCCAGAAAAGAAGCAAGAUUAUCCAGCAAGAACUGCAACAAGAAAAUCCCAGCAUCAGUGGCAAAAGCUGUGAUCCAUUACUCCACCUCAGCCAUCACCCCCCAGCAGACCACCAAGGAAAUCUCAGUAACCUCAAGAAUCCUGGAACAAAAGUCCCCAUCAAACUUCCUAGUAUUCGGCCUCGGCCACGAUAGUCUGAUGUGGCACACCCUCAACUAUGGGGGCAGGACAGUGUUCUUGGAAGAGGAUGAAGCCUGGAUUCACCAGAUCACCAGGAAGUUCCCCAUGCUGGAAUCUUACCACGUCACCUACGACACCAAAGUGAGCCAAGCCGGGGAUCUAAUGGAGAUCGGGAAGGGACCAGAGUGCACGGCCAUUACAGAUCCCAGAUACUCCAUGUGCCAGUUGGCUCUGAAAAGCCUGCCUAGUUUGGUGUAUGAGGUCCCGUGGGACUUGAUCAUGGUGGACGCCCCCACCGGGUACCACGACGAGGCGCCCGGGAGGAUGGCGGCGAUCUACACCGCCGGGAUGAUGGCCAGGAACCGCCGGGAGGGUGGUGGGGAGACGGAGGUUUUUGUGCAUGAUGUUAACAGGGUGGUGGAAGAUAAAUUUUCUAAGGCGUUCUUGUGUGAAGGUUAUAUGAAGAAACAAGAGGGGCGUCUUCGGCAUUUCACCAUCCCGAGUUAUAGGAAUCAUUUGGAUAUGCCGUUUUGCCCUUAGGUUUCUUUGUUUUAAUUCCUGUUUUGCCCUGGUUAAUUGCAUUGGCUAUUGAAUCUAUAUAUAUUGGCAUUGUAUUACUCAUCCGUUGUAUGUUAAUAAUGAUCACGUACUACCCCUCGUACAUUAACUUA